AUGCCCAAAAAGGGACCUAGAAGACGUAGGAGACGAGAGUUCAAGAGGGCGCUAUUCGAAACGCCGUCGUCCCUCGAUACCCGAAGGACCGUUGCUUUGGAACAGGUAUUCAAGGUCUCCUUGUUUACCGAGCAGAUGAUGGAAUUAUGGGAAGAGAUGAAGAAAGAGACUGGUUUGGGGUUUGCAAAAUGUUUGACUGGACCCAAAGGGGUCGGGAAGUCCUAUAUAACAUGGUUUCUUGCCGCUAAGGCAUAUGCUCACGGCUGGCCAGUUCUUUACAUCGCUGACGCAAAUACCCUUGCUGAUUGUCAGGAGAAUGUGAGGGCAUCAAGAGUGAUUUGUCAACGCUUCCUAGAUCUCAAUAAGGAUAUCUUGACUGCAAAAGAGCUCUCCACCAUGGCAAAUUGUGGGAGUGUGGAAGCUAUUGCCGAGUACAUAUUAGGAGACUUACUCCAACAACAAGGGAAAAAGACUCUCUUCAUUGUCGAUGAGCAUGGUGCUUUGUUUCCCGACAACGUACCUUCAGCAACAACACUGCAAAAGUUUGAAAGGUCCGUCCUCAGGAAUUCAGAUUAUGUCGUUGAUGUCGGGCCUUUGUCGCAAGACACGUUCGAAAAACUGUUUAAAAUUGCCAUUGCUCGUUUCACUUUGACAACCCAAAGGACUCUCGACAGUCGUAAGGACGCUGUUAUUAAGGCUAUAGUGAACACAUCCAGCGUAUUGAAGUUCCAAAUGAGCGAGUAUGACACUUCUGAUCCAAUUAUACACUCUCUCCAGAGCCAGCUGGCUACACUCACCAGCCGGCUUGAAGCUCUCUCGACUAGCUCUGAAUCCAGUCGAUCGAACCCCUACUUGGUUCCAAAAGAACCAGCUUACGAAAUUACACCUGACGACUCCAUUCUCGUCCACUACCCAGCAAUGGACGGGAAAGAUUUUUUCAAACAUAAAUCUGGAAACCGUGCAGACGAUCUUGCAUAUGCAACAGAAAUGGCUAAAGAGAUGCAGUCUUUUGCCAAAAACACAACCCAAACCUAUUCUGCACCCAAAUCGGCACUCAUUGACUGGCCCGACUCUUCCUCUCACCACAGUUCCAUGGACAAAACAAUCUCACGCUAUCAAUCACGAUUGGCAAACCUUACAAGACCACUUGAUCAAUUUGCCACGGAAAUGUUUUCCUACGAAGUUGACCCUGCGGUCGCACAAGCGUGUUUACAGCUCGCACAGACAAUGCGUGAACAUAUUGCACACCUGGCACAGCAAAUGUCAAGCGACAGAGAGGACCUUGUUUACCAAGCGCACAAAAUUUCAGUCACCAAGGACACAGUUUGA